AUGUUUUACCAUCUGAUUGGUGAGAAGGCUGUUUACUAUACCGAUCAUGAAAGAAUGGAGAACAUACUAGAGAAAGAAAGUGUAACAGAAUCAAUGUUCAGUUUAUUGUUGAUUGCUAAUGGACUGUAUGAAGAAGCUGCUCAAUUAACUUAUGGACAGUUUGUUUCAAAAUUUGUCUACGAUAAGAAGAAGAGAACACGGAAGCCCCGCAAAAAAGGAUUUACCAUUGGCCGCCUAAUUUGGGUUCCACCCACGACAGGAGAAUUAUAUUAUCUUAGGAUGAUGCUCACUAUUGUCAAAGGACCGAAAACUUAUGAAGAUAUCCAAAAGGUUGGUGAUACACAAUAUCAUACAUUUCGUGAAGCAGGUUUUGCAAUGGGUUUCCUUACGGAUGAUAGGGAAUAUAUUGGUGCAAUUAUAGAAGCAAGUGUCUGGGGUUCUGGACAUUUUCUUCGGAAAUUAUUGGUCAUUGUGUUGUUGUCGGGUGUUGUAAGUAGACCUGUGUAUUUAUGGAAUGAAACAUGGAAAUGCCUUUCUGACGGUAUUUUACACCAUCAGCACAUUUUAGUCAACAAUCUAGGUUUGUCAGUUUCAAAUAUGUCUUACUUGAAACUCAUGUUCUGCACCACUAUCUUAGCGCCUGUUAUUCUACUUCCAGUAUCGUUUACCCUGGAACUGAGUGAAGAUGAUGUUAAGAAUCUAACUCUAACGGAAAUUGAAAUCUUACUCCAAGCUAAUAGGAGAACACUUGCUGACUUCAAGCCAAUUCCAUAUUCGGACGGUUAUGUUAUUGAACAGCUAGGAAACAGGCUUAUCUAUGAAGAAAGAAGCUACAAUGUUGCGGUUAUGAAGUCCGAAUUCCAAUCACUUUACAAAGCUCUGACAGAUGAACAACAUGGUAUCUAUGAUGAAAUCAUGAUGGCGGAGGAGAAUCAAAGGGGAGGAGUAUUUUUCUUGCAUGGCUAUGGGGGUACCGGCAAAACUUACAUGUGGAAAACACUUGCAACGUCUUUGAGAUCAAAACAUGAAAUUUUAUUAAUUGUUGCUUCAAGAGGAAUAGCGUCUUUAUUGUUACCUGGAGGUAGAACAACACAUUCUAAGUUCAAACUUCCUGUACCAACUUUAGAAAAUUCUACUUGCAAGAUUGACUAUGAUGAUGACUACAGAGAACUACUACAACAAAGAGGUCAAUCUGAUCAAGAGAAGAAAGAUAUUGCUGAUUUUUCCAAGUGGCUUCUAAAACUAGGUGAGGGCAGGAUAGCCGAGCCAAAUGAUGGAUAUGCCGACAUUGAAAUUCCAAAGAACAUUUUAAUUGAAGACUAUCAAGACCCUAUUGUUUCCAUCGUGGAAAGUACUUAUCCUUCUUUCUUGGAUAAUUACCAAUCAUACGCUUACCUCAAAAGUCGGGCUAUUUUAGCAUCAACCAUUGAAGUUGUUGAUCAAAUAAAUAAUCACAUACUUAACUUGAUGCCAGGAGAAUCAAAGGAAUAUUAUAGUUCUAACACAGUCGACCAGUCAGAAAUUCAUGACAGUAGCAUCCUUCAAGUUCUAACUCCUGAAUUUCUCAGCUCAUUGCGAACUUCUGGAUUGCCAAACCAUCAAAUAACAUUAAAGGUUGGAUGCCCAAUUAUGCUUAUGCGAAACAUUGAUCAAUCUGAGGGUUUGUGCAACAAUAUUAGAUUAAUUGUUACCAAAAUGGAAAAUCACGUAAUUGAAGCUCAAAUAAUGGGGGGGAAAGGACAUGGCAAAGUUACCUACAUCCCAAGGAUGGAUAUGUCACCAUCCCAAUCACCUUGGCCUUUCAAGUUGAGUAGGAGACAAUUCCCAAUCAUUGUAUCUUAUGCAAUGACAAUCAACAAAUCACAAGGACAAUCGUUGGAUUGGAUUGGAUUAUAUAUUCCUAAAGAUGUCUUUAGUCAUGGCCAAUUAUACGUGGCUAUAUCAAGAGUGACAAGUAAAAAAGAAAUAAAGAUUUUGAUUCACGACGACAACAACAAGCCAUAG